AUGAGCACAGAAUCACCCGGUAGAAAAUCACCUCCAGUUCAUACAACAUUCAAACGAUUAGAAUUGGUCGGAAGAGGUGCUUAUGGUGCGGUAUAUAGGGGUAUGCAUAUCGCCAGCGGGAAAGCGGUUGCAUUGAAAGUUGUCAAUUUGGACACGCCCGAUGAUGACGUCUCCGAAAUCCAAAAAGAAGUCGCUCUACUGUCUCAAUUGAGGGAAACCACGAGCAAGAAUGUGAUUCGAUACUGGGGCUGCUGGUUGCGUGAGGCAGAAUUGUGGAUCGUGAUGGAUUUUGCUGAAGGAGGAAGUGUCAGAACCUUAAUGAAAGCGGGUCCAAUUGCGGAAAAGUAUGCCUGCAUCAUCGUGCGGGAAAGUUUGAUCGCACUGAGCUUCUUACACAAAAGUGGAAUCAUUCAUCGUGAUAUCAAAGCAGCCAAUAUUCUUUUGACCACCGAAGGACGAAUUCAAUUGGCCGAUUUUGGUGUAGCAGCAACAUUGGUUUCCAGUAGCGUUCAUAGUCGAAGGAUGACGUUUGUCGGAACACCCUAUUGGAUGGCUCCAGAAGUGAUCACUCAAGGUAAAUCAUACGAUCAAAGUGCAGAUAUUUGGAGUUUGGGAAUAACGGUAUACGAAAUGCUGAUGGGAAAUCCACCUUUGAGCAACGAAGAUCAAAUGCGCGUAAUCAUGAUGAUUCCCAAGAAUAAACCUCCAAGACUUCCUGCAGAAAGCAAUUUCUCUCCAGCUUUGCGUGAAUUUGUCGCCUUGUGUCUUAAUGAGGAGCCAAAGGAACGUCCAAAUUCUGACGAAUUGAGUAAGACAAAAUGGAUCAAAGCAAGUGUUAAAACGCCUGUGUCAAUCUUGAAAGAACUAAUUUCUCUAUACAAUGCAUGGACGAAGAGCGGUGGAAUGCCGUCAAUACCGCACCAACGUCAUCAGCAGCAAGACCUGCUGCAGCGAUCGAUGACAACGACAUCGACAAGAAGGCCUUCACAGGAACUGGAGCUACACCUUUCCGAUUUGGUGGAGGAGGCGGAGCAGUGGUGA